AUGCUUUUCUGUUUUUUUUUUUUUCUUAAGGACUAUCGAUUAAAUAUACAUUCAUAUUAUACAUUAAAAGUUCAUUUUAAACGUCGCUCAUUACAAGAUUAUGUAAUGACAUCAAUACCAAUAUGUCUUAUUUUACAAGCAGAAUUUCAGUAUACUAUGAAUUUAUUUAUUAGUGAAAAUGGUUAUAUUGUUAGUGUAAAUAUUUUAACAAAUAAUUCAACAUGUAGUAUUUCGAAUAUUGCUUUAUUGGAAAAACAAAAUGAUUUAAUAUAUAAAGUUCCUCUACGUUUACAUUUUAACGAGCUUGGACCACAACCCGAGAUACAACAUUUUCUUGAAAAACUUAAACGUGAAAGAGAAGCAAAAUUAAAUACACAAGGAAAUGAUAAUCGACCAUUUAUACUCAAAUAUUGGAAAUAUAUAUUACCAAUAGUCGUUGUUUUUGUUCUUCAAGGUGCUUUUGCAGAUCCUGGAGCUGCUGCUGGUGGCGGUGGUAGUGGACGAUAG